AUGCAUGUCGAAAUUCGGCUAUGUGGGGUGGAGCAGGCCUGCGCUUUCGACCCACAGAGCUUUUACCGCGUUAAGCAGCUCCUCACCUCAUACAAUGGGCAAGGCAGCGGCGCUGAGGAGACUGCCAGGCGCGCCUGGCACGGCGGCUCGCUGCUGCGUCUCCGUCACACGACGCCUUUCACCGCCGAACUGAAGCUGCAGGUUGUGGUGGAGAGUCUUAUUGAGAUGGAGAGCAGAUGCUUCAGUGCCGUGAUGGACAAGAAGCAGCAUGAGGCGCGCAUCAAGAGUAACUGGAACAACAGUGCUGUCGGGACAGCCUACCACAGCGCGGACGUGGACGAGGUAAUUCUGGCAGCACUUCCUGUGGCUGCCGCCAACAGCGUCGUGAAAAUUCGUCUGCUGCAGCUCCCCCCACCACUUGAUUACGACACGCAGCAAGUUGUGAAAAGAGCGAUCGGCAACGCCACCGUCAGCAGGCAGAGACACGACACUCCACUGUGCAUUGGUGUUGCAAAGAUAAGCCUGUGGGAGCUGAUGUUGGCCAGGAGAACAGUCAGCAUUGCGAUGCAGGCAAAACGGGCUGUUGUGACCACCGUGGAGGCUCACAACCUAGACACCUUGAUCACGAAUGCUAUGUUCGGCAGAGGAGAGAGGAACGGGAGCGCCGUUCUCUCUGUGCAGUUCAACGGCUACACAUUCGGACGCGUUCCGAGGGGGAAGUCCAUACGGAGCCACAGCCACAGGGAUACAACAAAGCGCAUCACAGCUGCCAUGGAUUCCGACGCGCCAUUGCCCAGUGCUUCGAGUGGAGAAGCCGAGGAGGCUGCUAUUUUGACGGAAGAGACUCUCGAUUCACCAGCCAUCCGCUUUGUACUACUUCCGUACGUUGCACUUGUCGACGUACUCUUGCGCGUGGUUGACGUGACUUCCUGGCGCGUGCCUCGGAAGACAGGGAUGGCGCUCGCAGCAGUUGUCAUUGCACUCUACUCGGAUCUCUUCGACAUGUUGUUCGUGCUGACUGUGGCACUUGGCGUCUUAAGCGUCCUUCGUAACAUUUCGCUCUUCUGCUACGCUCCUGUGAGCGAUAGCACUGCCGCCCGUGUCGCUGCCACGCCUGGGGGGGGCAGCGGUGUCACCAAGUUUCAGCCGUUUCUUUACAGUCGCGAGAACGCCUUCCUGAACAGUCUGCUGCGCGCGCGCAUCUUUUUCUCGCAUGGUCUGAUGGAGGACACGUACUAUGAGCUUGCAUUGGCUGCCCACAUAGCCCGGCGCAACCGCCGACAGCUGGUCGGGUUCGGUUUAGCUGUGUGCUGCAGCUUUGCCUUUCUCUCGAUGGGGACGGUGGUCAUUCUCCUUACGCUCGGCGCCUUUACAGCGUACCCGAUUUUUCUCAACCUGCCCAGCACACGUCGACGCACCCGCAGGAGGAAAGGGUCGGCUUUGGCACUCAUUCGCUCUGCUGCCAACGCAAUACGCGUGCCACGGAGAUACAAGGUGGUACGUGCCAUCCGAGUGGCAGUGGUCCGCGCAAAAAGCACAUCGCUGUCGUCUCGCAACGACUCCAUUGCUGGGUCUGGUGCGGAGAGCCUUCAGCAGCAGUUCCUCAACUGCAUUCGCCAGCAGGCUGAGUCGAAUGGGGCGCGAUCGCCGACGGAGAGAUCAGAGAUCUCACUGAAAGCGCGGGAGAAAAGCAAUUUGAUGGUGGGCCGCCGAACGCGAACCGUGGAUUUCGACGUCCUUCCGAGCAACUCCGUUAACUUCGCAUCUACACUCGAUCGGUUUCAGGUCACUCACGUCAUGCGCUAUUUUGUGGCUCUGUGCUUCUCUCCAAACGUAAUGGAAACACCGGAACCGGCAAGCACGACCAGUGGCUUGCGAAAGGCGUCUUCCAACGCGGUUCUUCAGCGUCGCCUGUGCUAUCAGCUGAGACAGGCGAGAAUGGUCAGUGAUCUGCUGCCGUCAGCUUUACCGCAGCCAACCAACAUCUCAACGGGUGGUGGCUUGGCUACGAUUAGUCAGCAAGGCGGGGUCGUUGUUGGUGAUUCGAAGCCGGUGGCAGUGUCCAAAGAGAUACAGGAGACCUUUCAGAGCUACUUCAACAGCACCCUGAGCCUUCUAUUCUAUCUGCGGCAGCAGUGGACAUUUCAUCCCUACGUCACGCAGUCCAGCACGACAAAGUGUAUGCCAGACAGCUUGCGCAGCGUGAGCGUGCUGGCCGAGCCGCAGGGCCUCAUCGACGUCGGCGAGGACGACGGAGUCACCAAGGCGCUCAUGGCGAGGCGCAACUCAAUGUCGAACCCGCCGAUGGUGGGCAUGUUUAACAGCAGCAAUUCUGUCGAGGUGAGUGGACGAGUAAUGGCACUUUACGCAGCGUACUUGCUGCAAGGCGCACGUCUUUCAGUGUACACGUCCUCCAGUGGAUGCGCCACAGUGCUACCGUUGCGUGCCCCGGGAAAUUGUAUGGAGCGGUUUCCGCAACCUAACCCCUGCCCGGCUGAUCUUUUGAAUACGCUGGACUCUGUGUGGCGCGGGGAGACGAGCCACACGGCAGGGAAAGGGGAGGAGGUAUAUUUCAAUGCAGAUGCCGUGCUGCAAAUCAUCACUGUGUACAAAGACUACUGGGAAGGCGGCGCGAACUUGGCGACGACGCGAUCCUCGGCGCGCCUCGAUAGCAGUGCAGCCGGCGAGAGCCACUUCAGCAACACGCUAAUGCGAAGCUCGAUUCGGUGCGCUCUUGUCUCUGCGCCGCCGGUGCCCCGUCAACAGACAGCACCGCUGAGUGCCACGACGCCCCUCUCACGCUCUUCGCGACAGUUGACCACAGCUCUGACAGUGCUCGGCGGCGCCGCCGGCAGCGCAGGACAGCCUCGAGGUGAUAUCAGUCCCAAUCCUGCUAGCAGCACACGCAACAUCAAUACUAGGCUCGCCCCGGUGCCCCUUCUUCCCGCAGCGAUGGCUGAGCCGUACACGACAAAUGCGGGCUGUGAGAUAUCGCUCUCUUCCUCUGCUAAGGUCGAUUCCAUUUCAAACAAAGUGUUGGGUGAUCCGCCCGUGCUUGAUGCAACCUGCAAUCGCGAUGCGAAUGGGCAACAACUAGCCAACCAUGAGAGGUCAGACGAAUUCUGA